AUGUCAAGACCGGCCCUCUCAAGGCGGAUACCGGUAGUUGGACUUCUUACCCUGGCAGCCGCUCGAGUUUCAGCACUGGAUCUGCCAUACAACCCAACACAUAUUGUGAUACCCGAGCAGAACGAUGAAGACGACCAGACGGUAUCCUACGCAUAUAUUCUACAACCCAAGGCCAAUGGCCAAGCCAGCCUACUUUCGCUCGACCUCACCAAAUCACUUGAGGCUUCAAAACUCUCCUUAACAACGCUCUACGACUCCCUGCCGUUUCUGGAAGCGACAUCGAAUCGUGCAUAUACACCACUGAAGGGCAGCGAACAGAACAUAACCGUCGUCGCUGGCGACUGCUCCACAGAUGGCGAUGCUCCGGAGGUUUGGACAUUUAUCCCAGCUAUACAUGGCAAGAAUGGCAAUGGAACAUGGUUACAAAGCACGCCUGCAGCAGCUGCAAGGAACAAGAUCCACGGACCUGACUUUCUAAGCUCAGGCAUUGCAUUCUCUGACUUGGCCAAAGGCAAUGCUUCUACGACAAGUUUAUAUGUGUUUGGAGGAAUGUGUCCAUUGGCCAACGCUACCGACGAAACCUGGAUGUCUGCAGCAAAUUACACCAACCAGAUGAUGACCUUCUCUCCCGAACUGGACAGCUCGAAGCAGGUUGCUUACACUUCUGCAUUUCUAUCAAGCAAAGGGCCACCCGUCGCUGAGGCUGGCUUCAGCAUGACUCCCUUGGCCCCUGCAUUCUCAGACAACUCUAGCAGCACUCAAAGUGCACGUCAAAGCUUUGUGUUAGUGGGAGGUCACACCGGAGCUGCUUUCAUCAACAUGUCCUCGGUAGCUGUGUUUUCGCUUCCGGAAGAGACCUGGACUUAUCAAUCUGUGGAUCAACCUUCGACCCCAAACGCGGAUUCCACAGUCAAAGGGGCUGUCACUUCGGUUGAACCACGAUCUGGGCAUACGGCAGUUUUGACUGAAGACGGCAAGAGCUUGGUUGUGUUUGGUGGAUGGGUCGGGGAUGUCACAAACGCCGCCUCACCUCAAUUAGCCGUGCUAGAACUUGGCUCAGGUUAUGGAGGUGACGGCGAUUGGGAGUGGUCAGUACCUCUCCAAACAGCUUCUGGUCUGUCUGGGGCCGGUAUCUACGGACACGGUGCAGCCAUGCUUCCUGGUGGAGUCAUGAUGAUCAUGGGUGGUAACAACAUUCCCACAACAUCAUCCAAGCGUUUCCUACGUCGUUCAGUGCCUUCGUCGAACUCACAAACUUUCUUCUACAACGUCACCUCGAGGUCCUGGAUACAGUCGUACAGCCCGCCGCCUGCAGUCACAUCGGAUAGUGGUACAUCUGCACAAGACCAGAACAAAGGAGCACUCACUACGACAUCUCAGAAAGCUGGUCUUGGUGUCGGUUUGGCUAUUGGAGCAAUCGUUGUCGGUCUUCUCAUCGUCUUCUACUUCUGGUACAAGCGCCAUCUGAAACAAAGACGCGAAGCCCGCGAAAGCGACAGAGAACGUUUGUACAAGAAUGGAGGUAAUGGCUAUGAGCAAGCUUGGUUCGGCAAUACCGAUUACGAGCCUUAUCGUAGCAGCACUACCUACGAGCCCUACCACGGUGACUAUGCCUCUGGUGGCAACUGGCAAGAGAAGGACGAGGAUAUGCAUGAUGGCUUCACUACUUGGACACCACAUGGUGUCGAGAAUAGCCCUGCUCAAAUCAAAGAAGGCAACCACGACGUUGAGAGAUCUGGUCUGUCCAUCAAUGCUCCUAGCCCAACAAGAGGCCUCCGAAAGAAUGGCUUGACCCGCAGUCAAUACCAGUACCAUGCCGCUCCUCGCUAUGAUGACGGCAGAAUCAGCAGGACCAGUGGUAAUAUCCACCCAAUCCAAGAGAGAGACGAAGAGGAAGAAAGACUAUCAUCAAGACAUAGUAACCGCUCAUUCAGAGGUCUCGGAAAUAUGAUUGGUCUCAAGAGUAGCGAGCAAGAUCCUUUCAAAGAUCCUCUUCCUAACCCUCUGCGUAGCCAUCCGGUUACUCCGGAGCUCGGUUCUGCAGCAGAAGGCUCUCAGGGCUCUCCCAUUCAUAGGCAACCUACGAACACUAGCGUAAUGACGAGCACAACGAACGGAACGGACCAAGUCAGUAGCUGGAUCAACCACUGGACCAACUCAUAUGCUGCAUCUCUGAGGCGUACGAUUUCUCCCUACCCUGCCAGUAGGUCUAGCUCCCCUGACAAGAUCGAUGAGAGAACUUCGUCUGGAUUGAGUGAAAACUCCGAUCGCUCAGGUCUCUCGAGUAACGGUCGCUCUGUUGCUCGCACAUCUUCAACUCGCUCAGGACUCUUCUUUGGUUUGUCGGGUCAUCCGUCAAUUACGCCAUCGCAAGCACCCAGCGCAUCUGCCUUGUCGCGCAGUAUGUCUCCUGCAUACUGGGAGAACAGACCCAAACAGUUAAACAGCUUGCAUCCGCCUAGCCUACGUCCCGGAUUAGAGAGAAACCCCGACUCCACCUCAACUCAAUGUACAACCUUCGGUCAACUGAUCGCUCAAGGUGAAGCCCUCCUUGGAAACACGCCCGACAGCCAACCCACAGCACCGCUCGAGUAUAGAGUUCGACCGACCUCGACAGAGAUCAUAGCAGCCGCCGUCGGAAAGACACCUCCUCUUCCGCCUCGCCGCCGUGGAUGGAUGGGCAGUAUCCGUCAAGUGUUCAGCGGUGACCGCAGCAUGAGCGCCUCGCACGCUCAAAGACGUGUUGGCGCUCCUAUGGUGCCACUUCCUACUCAACAAUACCGCGAUCGCAGCAACAGCCCUGUCAAAGGCCAUGCACGUACUGGAUCAUCCAUGUCAACAUCUGCUCCUCGUCGUGCUGCCAGUGACAGUUCGCAGUUCCUGGGUACUAGACGCGGCAAGCGUGAUUGGGAAGGUAACGAGAACGAUCCUCGUUGGCAGCCCUACCGCGAUGACCCUGAUACCGGUGAUUGGGGCGACGUACCUGAAACGUCAGCCUCAAAAGAAGAAACCGAGAAACAGACACCCGAAGACGAACGCGAAGACUGGGAUAUCGAAGAGGCAGCCGCUAACCGCGAUGUCCAAGUCAUGUUUACAGUCCCCAAAGCUCGUCUGCGUGUCGUCAAUGCGGAUGAAGCCAGUUUGAGAAGCGUUAGUGACGGUGCGAAAAGCAUUCGUGCCAGACAGCUACUGAAAGAAAAGGACAAGGAGGAAGCCAAGGAAGAGGCUGCAGAGGCUGGUGCUCAGCGCAAGCCAUCAAACUAUGGCCUCCAGAUCCAGGAUUGGGAGCGAGAAGCCUUGGAGAAGAGAGAUGCCGAAGAAGAGGCAGAAACAAGCAAGACUACUUGA